AUGGAAUUUGAACUGGUACUCCCAUGGAGUAUUAGCCGUGUGCUUCUUACCAUCACAGCGGCCUUAACACUGUACUCUUCUUCGCUCGUCAUAUACCGAUUGUUUAUUCAUCCACUUCGAAAAAUCCCCGGGCCGUGGUACGUGGCUGCGACGAGUUGGUAUGAGUUUUAUCAAGAUGUUGUUCUUGGUGGAAACUAUGUCAAACAGUAUCCAAGACUCCAUGCCAGAUAUGGACCUGUUGUUAGAGUGAGCCCAGAUCGGAUUCACGUGAAUGACCCUGACUUCUUUCAUGAGGUCUACUCGCCUGGGUCACUGUAUUUGAAAGAUCCGCACUUCUUCCAGACAUCGGGCGGAAUCAGUGAGGCGCUCCCUGCGCUCGUUGACCCUGAUUAUCACAAACGACGACGCAGAAUGAUCAACUCCUUGUUCUCAGCCAAGUCGAUAGAUCAAUUGGCCCCAAUUGUGCUUGGUGUUAUCAAACGCGCAUUGAACAAGGCGGCAGAGUCUCACGAGAAGAAAAAACCGUUGGAUAUUCAGCGUCUGUACACGGGAGUUACGAUCGAUACAAUCAUGAGAGUGCUCUGCGAUGAACAACUCUAUCUCAUUGAAGCUGAAGAGGAAGAGCCGCCGUUCAUGGCCACCCUUCGCACAUUUUCGGCAAACUUCUUUCUCAUGAAGCACAUUCCCAUCUUGACUAUGCUCGCUGCAAAUAUGCCCACCAGAUUAUCAGAGUGGCUUGUCCCUGGCGAUGCUCAGUUCCGAAAGAAAGUUACCGAGUGGAUUGAAAAGAGAGAGGACAAACACAGACAAGGGAUCAAAACCGCCGAGGAUGGCCGAAAGACGAUUUUGGAUCUUCUCUUGCAGCCAGAAGACGGUUCCACCCCAUUACGCAAAGCCAGUGUUGUUGACGAGACUUAUUCGUUCUGUUUUGCUGGGACUCACACGACCAGUUUGACCAUAAGCAUGGCCACAUAUUACUUGCUGAAGAACCCUGAGAAGUUGGAACAGCUCUUAGAGGAGCUCAAGGGAGUGAAAGAGAACUCUCAAGGCAUGCUGGAAUAUCGUGACAUCUGCAGGCUGCCAUAUCUGGUGAGCACCCACCUUGUCAUCUGUCUUCGUGGCAAGAGGAUUGCUUCGGAAUGGACCACAUAUCUGACUCAUAUCCGAAACCAGACUGCAGUUAUCAAAGAAUCGCUUCGUCUCUCAUCGCCCGUGCCAGGAGUUAUUCCACGCGUUGUUCCAGCGGGUGGAAUCACUUGGGCUGGCCACUUUUUGCCCGAAGGAACGUCCGUAUCAAUCGCGAUUCGUGCCAUCCACGACAACCCACAUAUAUUCCCCGACCCUGCAAGCUUCAUCCCUGAGAGAUGGCUCCAAAAUGACAGCCUGGACCACUGGCUGGUCGUAUUUGGCAAAGGUUCCAGGUCAUGUAUCGGUCUCACCGUUGCUUGGAUGGAGCUAUAUCUGUGUCUUGGCAACUUCUUCGCACAGUUGGAUAUGAGCCUUUAUAACACGGAUGAGUCUUCGGUCCAAUGGAAUGACUGCGGAAACGCUAUGAUCCACAGACAUGUGAAGGUCACCGUUAACUCGGUCCACUGA